AUGGGCGUACUCUCCUUUUUUCGGAGCAUCUACGACCUCGAUACCCUCGACACCCGAUUCACCACAUCGUCCUCGACUCCCUAUAAGACUGUUGUCGAAUCCCGUGGCGAUGUUUCUGCAAGCAAGGAGCGCGCCGCCAGGUUCAGCGGCAGCACCACGCCCUCAAAAUGGAAAACUCCAGAGUUCUUCCUCUACUACCUCAUAAUCGGCAUGUGUAUCCCAGCCAUGUUUUGGACUGCCUACACUGCCUCGACACCGUCCAAUCCUCAGUACAAGCGAUUCGAGCCAUACCUGGCACCAGGCUGGAUACCAGGCCGCAAGAUUGAUCUAUCAGAUGCGCAAUAUUUCACGUUUCGCAAGAACAUACCUUACAUGAGCGCACUUCUGCUCUUCCACCCCCUUCUCCGACGAAUCUACAAUGCAGUGAUACACCCGGUUGCGUCGAAUGCUAGGUCAUCGAGACCAACAUUAGAAGAGGCGGACCAUAGACUCAAGCAGCGGACGUCUUUUGACUUUGGAUUCGCCAUCAUCUUCUUGCUCGCACUGCAUGGUGUAUCUGCUUUCAAGGUCCUGGCUAUUCUCUACGUCAAUUACCAGAUUGCAACUAGCACGCCCCGGAAAUCUAUUCCAGCUGCAACAUGGAUCUUCAACAUUGGCAUCCUCUUUGCCAACGAGACCUUCUCGGGCUACAAGCUGGCAAACAUGGCCAUGUUUGUGUCUCGCUCGGUGACGGGGGAUCUGGCUGCUCACAAGUCUGCGCUCGUCUCCUGGGCCGAGUGGUUGGACAGCUACGGUGGUAUCAUGAGCCGCUGGCAGAUUCUGUUCAACAUUACCGUCCUACGACUGAUCAGUUUCAACAUGGACUACUAUUGGAGUUUGGACCGACGAAGCUAUAGUCCAGUAGAGAAGAAACAAGUCGAUCCUGCCUCCCUAAGCGAACGAGAUCGCAUCACCAUUCCUGCGCAAGCAAAAGACUUCAGCUUCCGCAACUACAUUGGCUACGCGAUUUACGCUCCUUUAUAUUUGACCGGGCCUAUUCUCACCUUUAAUGAUUAUAUCUCCCAGCAACGCUAUCAACCGGCCACAGUCGAGCGUUCUCGAACUAUACGAUAUGGUAUUCGUUUCGCUCUGACACUGUUGGUGAUGGAAGUCAUUCUCCAUUACGACUAUGUACAGGCCAUCUCCAAAGCCAACCCAACAUGGGGCCAGUAUUCUGCCGCUCAACUUAGCCUGCUCAGCUACUUCAGUUUGAUAUUGAUCUGGCUGAAACUUCUCUUGCCAUGGCGGCUUUUCCGGCUAUGGUCGCUGAUCGACGGCAUCGACCCACCCGAAAACAUGCUGCGUUGUGUCAGCAACAAUUACUCGACUCUCGCCUUUUGGAGAUCGUGGCAUAGAUCUUACAAUCGCUGGCUGACGCGAUACAUAUACAUUCCGCUUGGAGGAUCGAGCUUUGCAACCCCCCAGUCCAUCGUCCGGUCAAUAUUCAACUAUAUUCUGACAUUUACAUUCGUGGCGCUUUGGCACGAUAUCAAACUGCGCCUGCUCAUCUGGGGUUGGCUCAUAGUGUUCUUCAUGUUGCCAGAGAUGACAGCACGUGCCUUGUUCCCAGCACGCAAAUGGGAAAACAGACCUACCGCCUACAGAAUGAUUAGCGGAGUCGGUGCGGUUGUCAACAUUUUCAUGAUGAUGAUGGCCAACCUUGUCGGAUAUGCGGUCGGCGUUGAAGGGCUCCAAGCUAUCAUUCGAGGAAUUUUCAAAGAUAUAUCCGGAUUUUCAUUGCUGAUUACUGUUUGCGUUGCGCUUUUCGUUGGCGCACAAGUCAUGAUGGAGCAGCGGGAAGCGGAGCUCAGGAGGGGUAUUGCGCUCAAGUGCUGA